CCUGCAUUUUCUAAUUUACUCAUGGAUAUUAAUUGUAUCACACGCUGAGAGUAAACAGCUGAAGUGUUGGCUAUCAAAGACCAGCGUACAUGGCGUCCAUAACAUAAGCAUCAGAUAACCAGGCAACCAAUGAAACUGGUAGGGCUAGAUGGCAUCCUUUCAGCCUCGCCCAAUUGCAUCAUUUUCAACUAAAUCAGAGGCUUAGACACGCAAAAAAAUAAAAAAAAUUAAACCACUUGACUGGGGAUCCUGCCUGCUAGCAUCAAAUCAAAUUGCGAUAAUUCUUUAUGGUUGCAUCGCAAACAAGGAGUCAAUAACGAGCAUGAAAGAAAUGGCCGAAACGACGACAACAGAGGAUGUUUAUGACGAUGCAUACGAGGAGAAACCGGGCCCGAGACCUCCAGUGCAAAUCGUGUGGAGAAACGUUAUAUUAAUGUCCCUAUUGCACCUAGGAGCUCUUUAUGGUCUGACGAUUCUUCCAUCUGUCUCUUCCUUAACGCUGAUAUGGACUGGAGUGUGUUUCAUGGUAAGCGCUUUAGGAAUAACCGCCGGCGCCCAUCGCCUUUGGAGCCACAGGUCCUACAAAGCCUCGUUACCAUUACGAAUCUUCCUAGCGACUGCAAACUCUAUGGCUUUUCAGAAUGAUAUCUAUGAGUGGGCCAGAGACCAUCGUGUCCAUCACAAGUUUUCUGAGACUGAUGCGGACCCACACAAUGCCCACAGAGGUUUCUUCUUCGCUCACAUCGGCUGGCUGCUGGUCCGCAAACACCCAGAAGUUAUUGAAAAAGGACGCAAACUGGAGCUCGCUGACCUAAAAGCAGAUGGGGUCGUAAUGUUUCAGAGGAGGCAUUACAAGUUAUCUGUGGUGGUGAUGUGCUUUCUCAUCCCCACGUUUGUACCUUGGUUCUUUUGGGAAGAGAGUCUUUUGACCAGUUACUUAGUUCCUUGUCUGUUGAGAUAUACUGUGGUCCUUAAUGCGACCUGGCUGGUCAACAGUGCAGCUCACAUGUGGGGAAUGAGGCCCUAUGACCACAACAUCAAUCCCAGAGAGAACAAGUUUGUUGCCUUCAGUGCCAUCGGUGAAGGAUUUCACAACUAUCAUCACACAUUCCCCCAUGAUUAUGCUACAAGCGAGUUUGGCAGUCGGCUGAACGUGACCAAAGCAUUUAUAGAUCUCAUGUGCUUCUUUGGACUGGCCAAGAAUUGCAGGAGGGUAACUCGUGAGACCAUCAUGGCCCGUGUUAAACGCUCCGGUGAUGGCAGCCACAAAAGUGGUUGAUUUGUUCAGUACAUAUCAGAAAACAAACAAACAAACAAAAAAA